AACACCAAUAAUAGCAAAACAAAAAAGAAAUGAUACAAAAUUAUUCCAAAUAUCAACAGUUUACAUGCAUGAACGUUUAAUUAUGUGGGUAAUUGUUGCCGUUCAUCUCGUGUUACGGAAACAAAUUGUGACAGUUUCUGUUAUUAUUUACCUCCGGGUACACUUUGUUGCUUCGUAAUCACAUUGAUAACGAUUUACUCUAUGCUUUCAAAUAACUAUUAUUAGCCACUUAAACAUUUUCUCAGUACUUCAGUGACAUUAUGACCUCGAAAAUGUCUCGAAAUUUAAUAAAAGUAUUCGUCUAUGGGACACUAAAGCGUGGUGAGCCUAAUCACCAUUGGCUGACACGAACGGAAAAUGGCCACUCACGGUUUCUGUGCGAAGCGCAAACGGUGGAAAAGUUUCCACUAGUCAUAGGAACACGCUACAACAUUCCAUUUUUACUCAACAAACCAGGAGUUGGGCAUAAUAUUUAUGGAGAAGUAUAUGAGGUAGACGACACAAUGUUCGCAAAUCUUGAUGUGCUAGAAGAUUAUCCCAACUAUUAUCACAGAGAAAUACAGCAAGUAAAAAAUAUGAAUAAUGAACCAAUCGACUGUUGGUUGUAUUUGAUCAAGCAAUUCCCGGAACAGCUACUUUCAAAACGUUUCCUGGAAAAGUAUAAUAAUUCAGAGGCGAAUCCCUACUGCGAAAGGUCAGAAAGAUUGCCUGAAGUAAAAGCAAAAGAUGAUAUGACCUAUUGAAUCAUAACUUUAUAUGCAAUUAAUAACGGCUAAGAUAUCCGGUUUUGUACAGCAUCUCAUUAAUUAUAGUGCUUAGUUUCUGGAUGACGACAUCCACAUAUAAUAAUGUUAUUAAUGUAUUUUAUAACCGUAGUCUGUAGGUUUCAUUUUAUGCUAAUGAAGUACUUCAUUUUUGCAGUUAUUUGGACAGCUCCAAGGAAGAUAUGUAUGUACAGGAUGAGUUAAAUCACAUAAAAGAUGAGACCAAAUGAAAAUGUGAUAGAUAAACGUGAUAUAAGAAAUAAAUAUAACAUUUUUAUGUUAGCAGUUGACUUCAUUUA